AUGAAGUUUCUAUCCGUGCUUGCGUCCCUCUUGGCUCUUGCCACCAGCGCUCUCGCUGGCUACACCGGCUAUAGUCUCGGCUAUGGCGGUCUUGGAUACAGCGGUCUCGCAUAUGGCAAUGGUUUCGGCUACGCCGCCUAUGCUCCAGCUGUGCACACUUUCACUCACACUGCCCCAGCCGUCACUUACGCUGCCGCUCCAGUUGUUGCCACUGCUCCAGCUGUGACAAGCGUGGCCGCAACCUAUUCCGCUGCCCCAGUUGUCGCUGCCGCUCCAACUUUCACCAAGGUCGACACCUUGGCUCACGCUCCAGUGGCCACCUAUGCUGCUGCCCCAGUCGCUACGUAUGCCGCUGCUCCAGCUGUGACCAAGGUUGCCACCGUGGCUCACGCUCCAGUGGCCACCUACGCUGCUGCCCCAGUCACUACAUACGCUGCUGCCCCUGCUGUGACCAAGGUCGCUACCACCUACCAUGCCCCAGCUGUGACAACCGUGGCUCACGCUCCAAUUGCCACUUAUGCUGCUACCCCAGCGUUCGCUUCUGUAGCCCACGCCCCGGUCGCUGCCGCUGUUACCACCCCAGUCGCCACCUACGCCGCCGCCCCAGCCGUCACUGCCGUCCACGCUGCUCCAGCUGUCGCUGCCUACCACGCCACCCCAGUCUACGGAUACGGUGUUGGCACCCUCGGCUACGGCACUGGCGACUACGCCUACGGCCACGGUCUGCUCGGCUACGGUCUGAACUACAGCUAUGGUCUGGGCUCUGCCCUUCCACUACGGAGAUCUUCUCCGCAAGAGGAAGUAAACCUGCAAGUUGUAACUUAUUUGAACAUCCAGAGCACAAGUUAUGAGCAUCUACUUCCAUCAGAAUGCAAUGAGAAAAUAAAGUCUAUCUGCACGACAUCUCCAAUCUUGUGUCCGAAAUUGCGAGAUCACGUUUCACUACGCGAGCUGGACGAAACAUAA